UAACUUUUACUCCGCAGAAUUAGGUUUUAUGAAAAAUAUUUCAAGAAGCAUUUGCUUCACCAAGAAGAUAGCUCUGUGGUAAGGGAUAUUCAUAGAGCUCCCAGAGUUCCAUGUAGACAGUCCUUGUACAGUAAAGGCACCAGCACUGAGCGUUGCUCUGUGCAGCAGGUAAAAGCUGAAGCUGAUGGCCAAAAGGUGUCCAAAAUGAUUUCAGAUGGACAACAGAAACUGAGUUUAGUAAACGUGUCACAUAGCACUAAAGAUUUUCCAGAGAAAACUGAUGUGGUACCAGAUGAAUCCAGACCUGACCUUUCUGUGAAUGCUGAAGUAGAUUUAAAAGAGAGCUGCACUAAAGGCAAUUAUAAACCCUUAUUGAACAUUGGAGGGGCAGAUUCUCAAGUGAACCUGACAAAUAAGAUAUCCACAGCGAAGGAAAGUGAACUUGACACAGAGCAACACUGUAGUACAUCGGGGAAUCAGGUCACAGAGUCAGCAGAAGCUCCUCCAGAAUGCCAGUCUGCUGCGGUACGACAAAGUCUUCAUCUGCCAGAUGAAUUGCAACUGGGACGUACUUUAGAUCACACAAAACAAAACCUGAAUCAUUAUGAGGCAGGUUAUAAUUUUGACUUAACUUUGGAGACAUCUUCCAGUUUGGAUCACACACAUCUACAAAAGUCUAUUACCGUGAAAACCUACAAGGGGUCUUGCGAGAAUCCAAUAGAAGCAACAACAUCCAGUGCAGAGACAAUGGAUGUUGAUCACUUUUACUUUCUUUGUGAACACCAACAAGAUUCAGCAGGAAAGCUGGAAGGUUCAGAACUUAGAAGUGAAGAAGCAGUGCAUUCUGAACAAGAAACUGCAAAUGCAGAGGAAUAUUGCACCAAUGAUUUGUGUAUUUCCCACUAUGAAGAGGUAUCCUAUGGUGAUGUUUCAGAAAACGGGGAGGCUAUUGAGUGUGAUCUCUUUAGUCAGAACCACUUGCAACACAAAACAGUACAAUUAGAAGCAGGCAACAUGCGCCAUACCAGCUCAACACAUAUUAAGAAAAGGGAUGGUGGAUGUGACACACAGGCUUCUCACACAACUGGAAACGAAGGUGUAGAUUCACCAUGUAAUUAUGAAUUUGAGGAGGCUGAAAGGGAAUGUUGUGAGACUCAUGCCAUUAAGGAUGGUGUUAGUUCCUCAGAUAAAGUGUACUGGUUUUUACACCGAAGAAUACAAUUUGGACAGAUGAUAAGUACAGCAUCACGCCCACAUGCAAUAAAAACUGCUUCAAAUGCAGGUUCCCUGAAAGACAUGGCCAAUCAUUCCAGUUUGUCUGAGGACAUGACUGAAAUGAAACACGAAGUCUCCCGGGCCACAAAGAAACCAAAUUUCCAGAUUACAAUUAAAAGUGAUGCCAGGGAUUCCUGUAUCACCAGCCCACAGUUAUGUAAGCUGCUUUUUUUUAAGAAAUCUUCAUAUAAUGAAACCGAGCAUAAAAGGAUAAAACAAAUCAUGAGCUCAUCAGCAUUGGAUGGUGUAUCGUCUAAUGGAACUGUAUCUUUAUGUGCUCAACAACCUGAAAACAUAUGUAUUUCUUCCCCUACAAAAGACAAUGAAUAUGUUCCAAAAGAUCCUGUUUUUUCUAAUUGCAAAGAACAAAAAACUGUCACCUAUGAUACAUCCUUCAGUAAAACAAAGAUUGAAGGGUAUAUUGGACAUGAAUCAGAGAUCAGUCAAAGUGAUCUUGCACAAAAACUAAAAGAUAUCACAACUGACUUCAAGCCAUUUCAUGAAGGUACUGACAUUUCGGACUCUGAGCCUUCACACCUGCUUAAAAAUCAUACUGAAAUGAAAAUGACACUUCAGGGAAAGAUAGGGUUUUCAUCUCACAGAACGGUUCAUAAAUGCCUUUCUGAUAAUUCAGAAGAGCAGUUUGAAUUAGAAAAUAAGAUUAAAGCGUUUGAACAAAACAGAUCUAUUUUGCUGAAUAGCAUUUGUGUGCAAAGCCAUGCAAAUUGUUUUGACCUUGGUGCAGAUGUAGAUGUCAGAUGUGAUCACAGUACAGCUGCAGAAGACUCUUCACACAAUCUGCUGAUCCCUGCAACCAGCCAGUCCAAAUCUCCAGAAGGGAAGCAAUCAGCGGGACAGAUUGUUGACAUUGGCAUGACCUCGUACUUCAACAUAAAUAGUAAUGCUGGGAAAAAAUCCAAGAUCUCCACUGUUUUCAAAAACAAUCAAGCGAGACUUUUUAGGAAACAUACAGGCUUUUCCACAUUGUGUCAAAGAAAGAAAUUGCAUAAAACGUUUAUAAAAGCGCCAGGAGGUCUGAACAGGAUUUCCAAGUCACAACCCACUGUAUUGAUUUCAAAAGAAAAUAAUUCAAAUGGUGUGAAAAGAAUUCAAAUGUCCAGGAAAAACAAUCCUAUGGUGCUAAGAAAUGUUUGGAAGGCUCAGCACCUGAAAAACCUUAUGAAUUUGAAGGUGGUCAAGUCUCAAACAGCUGUAGCCAGAAAAAAAAUCCAGAUGAAAAAGUGUCAAUAUGCAAAGAAUAACCAGGAGGAAGCUCAUAUUUCUUGUAGCUUCAACCCCUCUGCGAGUAAAGAGGAAGAGUCAAAUUUACUGCAGAAUGUAUGUGACGAACAGAAGAAUUGGAAAGAAAAGCUUCUUGUUUCAGAGGACAUCAAAGAGCCUGGCAGCACACAUGUUUCAAAUUUACCUUUCACUGCUCCUGUUCCAAAUGAGGAUUAUUUGAAUACUCCCCAGGUAGAGGACUCUGCAAAAACACAAGAAUGCCAAAGUAAAAAGGUCUGGGGGUCAACAGAGCUUUGUGGUUCAAUCUUUCAAUCUAGCCUGACUCCUUUCAGAUCAAUAAUGGCAGAAAAUGAAAAGAGUCUUUCUUGUGCAUUUCCUAUAACGGCUGAAAAAGCAAUGCCAGUUGACAUCCAUGUAACAGAGACAGAGGAAGUGGCAAGGCCUAAUAUCAGUAUAUCUCACGCCCAGGAAACCUUAUCGGCUGGUGUAAAUAUGGAUUACCUGCUGAAAAUUCAUUCUGAGCCACGUGUUAAUCCAUUAGAAAAUGCAGUUAGCCUUUGCACCUCUGGAGCAGAGGUUGUGACAAAUAUUGAUUCUUGGGAACCUAGCAAAUUAGAGAAUAAAAAUACAGACAUGGUAAUCCCUGCAUUGCCAAAAGACAAAGAGAAGUUGGAGCUGUUGAAAGAAAAUACUGGGAUGGAUAGUAUGACUUCCCAUGAAGGACAGACUGCAAGAAAUGAAAAUUCCGAAUUUAAAUACUUCUCUCAUGGGGCGGAAUCUAGUCUUGAGUUCACAACAGGCUCACACCACAGGGAGAAAUCAAAGAAGGACAAGGAGGAUGUCAAAAAGACUAACAGUACUUGUUUAUCCUGCUCUUCAGGGAAAUGGAAGCCCAAGCACUACCUACAGAAGAAAAAUGCCCCUGAAGCAGAUGAUGAUAGAGGCAAAUCCCUUUACUAUGUACAUCAAAUAGGUAGUUUUGCUGCUAAGCUGACAGAAAUAUUCAAUGUUACCUUGAAUUAUUCUAAUACAGAUGAAAGGGACAUUGACACAGGCAGUCAUCAAACUGGAAAAUGUUCCAUGUUAUUAUACCAAACUGAGAAUCAUUCUCCAAAUGAUUUUGCAAAGACAGCGGAUACCCUUUGCAGUUCUAAAGGUAAAGACCUAAAUAGGUUAAGUGCAAUUUUGAGUGAAAAACAGAACUGCCGCAGAGGCUCAAGAAAGGAUUUUGAAGUCAUGACAAGUGCUGAACAAGUCAACCAACAUUUUACACAGCAGUUACCCGAAGCAGACAAACAAAAAGACAGACAUCAAACAAAAUCUCUAUCAAUCCUGCCUGACACUAAGAUUCAGAUGGAAUCUUACAGCUAUAAUCUAUUUAGAGUAGCAAGUGGCAGUGUUUGGUACCAUUGCAAAGAUGAAAUGGGAGACUCAUUUACACUAAUCAAACAAACAGAAACUGUUAAGAAUCACCAUGAAAUAGAACCCAGUCACUCCAAAAUGGAUUUAUUUUACACUACAUUAAAAAUAGACUAUAGUGUGAAAGACAUAUCAAAUACUCUAAAGGAGGCUGAUGCUGCAUUUUUGUUGGAUCAGUUAUAUCCCCUGAGAUCAAAAUGCAGGGAGAUGCUUACCUCAUUUGUUUCAGCCUUUGAGAGAGAUCAGUGUGUGAACUUCAAGGAAGCUUUUAUUUCGAAAGACCUAAUCAUGGAGAAACAUCUAAAAGGCUUAGCCGAACCCAUAAAGCUGAAAUAUAGAGCGCUGAACUCAUUUCUAGAACUCCAAAUGAUGAUGGAAGCAGUGCAAUUUGUGGAAAACAAAAUAAGUUUCCUGAAUGGAUCACCAACAUUCAGGAGUUUACUUUGGUAUGACCCAUCUCUGUACAGUGAGCUCAAGAAAGGUAAGAAUGGAUUCCAGCAGCAGUCAUCUUUGUACCCACAAUUCCAGGAAUGUCUUGCGCAAUAUGGCUACAGUGAGUUGAGAAAACACCACUCUUAUUUCUCUUCACCCACAUGUUUGCACACCAAAGAAACUUCUUAUUACUUGUUCCUGAAGAACAGAAGGGAAAGAGCUGAGAGCCUGGCUGCAGUGCAUAAUUACACCGACUAUGGCAGUUUCUUUUUUUCAGUACCUCUGUCAUGUGGCAUCAACUUUGGGAAUAGCAUAGAAGACUUGCAACUUCUUCUAAGAAAUAUUUGCUCUUUCAUGCGAAACCUUCCAAAAGAGGUUUUGUGCGACAGCUUCGAUUUCGCAAAGGUGGUGCAUCUUUCCAUCAUACGAAGGCUGGUUUGUGAAAAGGUCAACUUCCUGAUGAGCAACAAAGACAUCAAUUCAAAAGCCUCAUGGUUUGGGUUCGAACACAUUCUGUUUGAUGUUGCAAAGACUCUGGUGUGGAAGGACCUCAAGGGGCAGGAAAGUGGUACAAUCCAAUACACAGGUGUGAAGCAGAGGACCGUGUUGCAGGUUAAUAACAUUGCUGUUCGCCAUCAGCAGAAACUCUAUGACAAGAUUGUGUCUGACUGUGUAGCUGCUACUUCAGGAUCCAAACCCAGAGCAAACCAACACUCCUGCUCAAUGAAUGGGAAACAAGAAGCUGUACAGAGCAAAGACACAUAUCCGGCAGACUAUUUGGCGAAAAAGGAUAGCAUGCCUGAUAACGAAAGGAAAGAGUUAAAAACAACUGUCAGUAGACAGCAGCAGCCUGUGACUCUUCCUUCGGGACACAUCAAGGACAAUGAGGUCAUGACCUGUCCUCUGGCAAUUAAGGAGAUCCGAGACACAUCAUUACAGCUGGAGACCACUGCUCUCAGAAAUGGUCAUGACUCUUUACAUCUACAGCCUCAUGUGCAAGCACUUAGUGAGACAAUUCUGGAGACAAUAUAUAAACUGCAGAAUGGCUCUGAGCAGCAGAUUAAAAAAAAAGCCAAAUCUUUGGAGCCUUUUCCCCACACAUUAGCCUCUGGGCAGGGUAUGAUGUGCGACGUAAAUUGCACUCCAAAAACCAAGGUUUCAUCUUCUGACUUCGUGUUUGUAGGGAGGGUGUUUGAGCAGCAGCACACAACAUGGGCACCUUGGCACAAGAAUCACGGUUCAUCCCUGCAGCGUACUCUGCCCUGUCCAGUUUCCCACGCACAACAGCGAGAAUGCCACAGGUACCAGCAGCAGCUGAGAUCAGCCUGGGGUGAGACAAAGACACAGACUUGUAUAUCAAACAAAAGGCACCCUGAGAGACGUCCGGGCAGUGAGGGACUUUUAAGGCCCAGCAUCUUACAGAACAGCCAGCAGCAGACUCUGCAUUCACAGGCACCACACUACUGGAACCAGCCCGUCUUACCCUUUUGGUCUCUGCACCAGGGAGGUGGUGCGUGGAUGCAGCAGCUUCACAGUGCUCCUGUGUGCUCUGGAAGGCAGGAGCUCCAACCAGCCAGUACUUACCACGCAUUUGCAAGCACUACAGAUCAUGGAUCUCAGUUUCAUCAGCUUCAGGCAUUAAACAACUCCUGUCCGUAUUACAAUUGUGAACCCUUUCUCUUUUGUAAUGGGUAUCCAUUUGGUAUGAGCAAUUCUCAGAUACCUGCAGUGGACUCUCAGCAACUGAGGACAUUUUAUUCUGAUCCAAAUUGUUCUGCAGCAAGUCAGCCACCACCAGUGUACUGGAAUUAGAGAGAAGCAGAGAACACAAGAACAUUAUGUCUGAUGGUUCUAUUUUUGGUUGUUUUCAAGAGUCCUUUCUGAAAACUUUAGGUCUGAAAGCUUUUAUAUGUUUCUUUCAUAUUUCUUAAAAAAUAUAUUUUUGUAUUUUUUGCAGAGUCCUGCCAAGAUAAUAUUUUCCUUCAUGCUUUCCUAGAAUUUUAUGCUCAAUUUGUAAAGAACAAAAUGUUAUCCAUGAUUUAAUCCUAUACAUUGUCUGAGCACUAUUUGUUUCUGUAC